GACGUGUGUGUGUAUCUAUAAUAUUUUUAAUUUAUAUUUAAUGAAAAUAAAUGUUUAUUCAAUAAAUAGUCAUCGAUAUCUGGAAAAAAAUCUGUGCUGCCGUUUUGCAAGAGAACCAGGAUUGGAACUUGAUACUAAUGGGCACUGCAGAGGAAGGAAUAAAAGUUCCUUUCCCUGCAAAACUACAUCAGUGACAGAGUCAGAAACAGCAUCAGGAUCUUCUGCCAAAAAGCAUAUCGCACCCUAUGAAUAAGAAGCAAAAAACGAAACUUGAAAGUCAUUCUCGUGAUUGAUAGCACCAUAACCACAGCCUAUACCUAAUGAGGGAAACGAAAACUCAAUUCCUAUGGAGCUAUGUUCAAAUUCUCGUGUUAACUGCAUUGAUUUUAAGGUGGAAAACUUCGAUGCGGACGAGAUCCGGCGUCUGGGCAAGCGGUUUCGUAAGCUGGAUUUGGACAACUCGGGCGCCUUGUCCAUCGAUGAGUUCAUGUCGCUGCCUGAGCUGCAGCAGAACCCCUUGGUACAGCGCGUCAUCGCUAUUUUCGAUGCCGAUGGUAAUGGAGAGGUGGACUUUAAGGAGUUCAUCCAAGGAGUAUCGCAGUUCAGCGUCAAGGGAGACAAGCUCUCGAAGCUGCGCUUCGCUUUUCGUAUCUACGACAUGGACAACGACGGCUACAUCUCCAACGGCGAGCUCUUUCAGGUGCUGAAGAUGAUGGUGGGCAACAAUCUGAAGGACACGCAGCUGCAGCAGAUCGUGGACAAGACAAUUCUCUUCGCGGACAAGGACGAAGACGGCAAGAUCUCGUUCGAGGAGUUCUGCUCCGUGGUCGGCAACACUGACAUUCACAAAAAGAUGGUGGUCGACGUCUAGACGCCUCUCGCCGCGCCUUAGCUUUAUAUAUUUGUUCUUUUUCAUUUCAAAUACUCUCACUCUGCAGUGUAUUUAUUGGCUAUGUAAGGCUAACGCGGAGUAAAGAAGUACCAGAUCGAAGUAGAUUCAUGAAUAUAUCGCCUGGUACGUCUCAGGAGGCGCGACGUCGUCUCAGUACAUAGAGAUGUAGAUUAAGUACAUAUUUAUCUCGUCCUCAAAUCUCUAUCGCUCUAGUUAGACACUUCUUCGAUCGCGGUCCUCGCAUUAUUUAUUCGGACCACUCAUAUUAUGAUCUGAAAACUGAAGCGUUUGCGGCGAAUGGCUCUCCGCGCUAAAAAUAGUUGCACCUACCGAAGCAAUGCAUUUAAGAAAGUACAAAACGGCGAGCGAGGACCCGCACGCAUACUAUCACUAAAUAUAAGACAGACAUACAUACAUAUUUACUUUACACUAGUUACCGUAGUCAAAUCAUUAUCAUAUGUUUAUAUUUUGUUGUGGUAAUUAUAUUGUUAUUUAGUGUUUUAUAUUUAUUUAGGUGUCGGCCGAUUUAGGUUACGGCUAGCCGUAGAUAGAGUCGUCGCUUCGGCCGGACACUGCGUAUGGACCCUCACGUCUCAGUUUAUCAAUUCGCUUUAUAUAUUCCAGAUCCUGAAUUGUAUCAAAUGAACACGUCUCCUAUCAGUCCCGAGUUUCCUCAAGCGUGGAUGCGACCUUUGGGAAACUGACCCAAGGCUGCACUCGCCUUAGAGUGAGGUGUCACUAGAGCUUACGGGGCGCUUUCAUCACAAAACUGCUUAUACAAAUAUGGCUACCGAUAUUUAGAAAGAUCUAUAUAUAAAAGAAUACGAGGCCCACCCGAGACCUUAAAUCUAACAUUUAUCGACGUAAGUUCGUAUGUAAGCUCUAACGACACAUCGCUACCAUUUUAUAUUGUGUAAUGUGAAUUAAGAUUUUUGUAUUUUCUCUGAACGAAUUGUAUAAUAACGUUUAAAAGUACUUAAUUAUAACAAUAAGUUAAGCCACUUGCUGGACAGUGGACACGUUGUAAAGCUUAUUGUUCGAUUUCAAUUCUAGUAUUUUAUUCCCAUGAUUCUAUGAGGAAGUCUUCGAUGGGCACAAUUUUGUAAACCGCACUAUAUUUUAAUAGACACGCGUAAUCUCUAGUCAUUUAACAGCAACUAUUUCUUUAUUCUGUAUAUACAUUAAAUUUGGCUGUUGCUUGGAUUAAUAACUGCGAUCAAUAUGGUAAAUAGCUUUCAGAAAAUUCAAAAAUCUAAUUGUAGAUACCAAAUUGGAUUGACAGCAAAUUAAUGUUGUAAUAUAAUGUAUAAAAAUAUGCAAUGUGCCUUUAUAUUGGUGUGCUGUUACACUAAGCAAUAUUAACAUGGCAUUGAAUAAGAUCUGCACUCGCUGCCUCAUCCUUCUUUAUCAUUUUAUCUAAUGUGUAUUGUGUCCAUGUGUGUGAAAUAGGCACCUGUAAAUAAGGCAUUGUCUCGGUACUUACUUGAUUUUAGUAACAGCUUAGAAUAAAACAGUGUUUUAUUAUUAAAGGCAAAAAGAUUAGAAAAUGUAAUGAAGUACCAAUCAGUCUUAUUUUCAAGUUAUCAGAGACAAUGCAUAUAUAAUUGAGUAAUUAGUACAAAUAGUAUUUUGUCUUCUCUUGUUAGAUAGCGUGUCCUAAGUCUGUUCUUUAACUGGAACUGAUUAUAAGUUUUAUUAAAUUUUCAAAUUUCA